AUGGGAGAGCAAGACUCUGCCAACGGCAACAAAAUUGCCCAGGUCGAACAAGUCGUGGCUGCUGCGUUGAGGCCAUUGCCUACUCAAACUGGCGAUGGGAGCUACAUCCAAGCGCCAACCGUGACAGGUCUCGCCAAGGACCUGCUCCAUUUCGACCUCAAAGAUGCCAAAACCCUGGCCGAGGUCGCCAAAUCGGCCAUCACUGGCGAGGCUGUCAAUGACAGAGAUUACAUCAUGGAGCGUGUGAUUCAGCUUGCUGCUGGUUUGCCCUCAACAUCUCGGAACGGCAAGGAGCUGACCAACACCUUCCUGAACCAAUUGUGGGGAGAUCUGGAACACCCGCCGAUCUCCUAUCUGGGACGUGAUGCUGCAUACCGCAAGGCUGAUGGAUCUGGAAACAAUACCUUCUGGCCCCAAAUCGGAGCUGCUAAUACCCCCUAUGCCCGGUCUGUUCGACCCAAGACGAUGCAGCCCGCUGCUCUUCCAGAGCCAGAGGCCCUGUUUGAUAGUCUCCUGGCUCGCAAAGAGUUCAAAGAACACCCGAACAAGAUUUCUAGCGUGCUGUUCUACCUUGCUUCUAUCAUUAUUCACGACCUAUUCCAGACCGACCCCAGAGAUCAAACGAAAUCACUGUGUUCCUCAUACCUCGACCUGGCUCCUCUUUAUGGAAAUAAUCAGACAGAGCAAAAUGCAGUCAGAACCUUCAAGGAUGGAAAGUUGAAGCCCGAUUGCUUUUCUACAAAGCGGAUUCUCGGAUUCCCACCUGGUGUGGGUGUCCUUCUUAUUAUGUUCAACCGUUUCCACAACUCUGUUGCGACACAAUUGGCGGCUAUCAAUGAAGGUGGUAGGUUCACAAAGCCAGAUGUGUCUAACACGCAAGCCCUUGCUACUUGGGAGAACGACCUCUUCCAGACAGCACGGCUGGUCACUUGUGGGCUUUAUGUCAACAUCAUUCUGAAGGAUUAUGUUCGAACCAUUCUCAAUGUCAACCGAACUGACAGUGUAUGGAGUUUGGACCCUCGGGCAGACAUCAAGGAUAGCUUGCUUGGUGAAGCUGCUUCCCAGGCUACUGGAAACCAAACAUCGGCCGAGUUCAACUUGGUUUAUCGCUGGCACUCCUGUGUCUCGGCUCGGGACCAGAAGUGGUCAGAGGAUUUAUACAAAGAGUUGUUCCAAGGUCAGGACACAACCAAAAUCUCACUGCAGCAAUUUACAGGAGGUCUCAGACAAUGGGAGUCAAAGCUUCCAGCAGAUCCCCAGGAACGCCCGUUCGCUGGGAUGAAACGCCAAGCAAAUGGAUUGUUUGACGACAAUGACCUGGUCAAAAUCUUCCAGGAGAGUGUCGAAGAUCCCGCUGGGGCGUUUGGUUCCCUCAAUGUCCCAGAGGUUUUCAGAAGCAUUGAGGUCCUCGGCAUCAAACAAGCCCGCUCAUGGAAUCUGGCUACCCUGAAUGAGUUCCGCCAGUACUUCAACUUGGCUCCUUAUCAGACUUUCGAAGAGAUCAACUCGGAUCCGUACAUUGCUGAUCAGCUCAGACACUUCUACGACCACCCUGAUCUCGUUGAGCUGUACCCAGGACUUAUUGUGGAAGAGGCCAAACAACCCAUGACUCCGGGCAGCGGCCUAUGCACCAAUUUCACUACCUCCAGAGCCAUUCUUUCGGACGCGGUUGCUCUCGUUCGCGGCGACCGCUUCUACACUGUUGACUUCACCCCGAAGCAUCUCACAAACUGGGCCUUCAACGAGAUUAACCAUGAUAACUCCAUUGAUGGUGGUCAGGUCUUCUACAAGCUGGCCCUGAAGGCGUUCCCCAACCACUUCCGAGGCGACUCAGUUUAUGCACAUUUCCCUAUGGUUGUGCCAGACGAGAACCACAAGAUCCUAAGCAGCCUUGGCACAGUCAAGUCUUACAGCUUCGACCGGCCUUUCUAUAAGUCCCCGGCUCUCUUCAUCAACUCUCACUCUGCUUGCACAAGCAUCCUGAAUGACCAAGAGGGUUUCAAGGUACUAUGGGGCGAGAAGAUUCAGUUCCUGAUGGAAAAUAGCGGCCGUCCCUAUGGUCGAGCCUUCGCCUUGUCGGGUGAUCUCCCUCCCAAUGCAGGCUCGCGGAAGAUGCUCGGCGCUGCCCUGUACCGGGAGAAGUGGGAGUCCGAAGUGAGAUCCUUCUAUGAGGAUAUUACUCUGAAACUUCUGGAGCGCAAUUCGUACAAGAUCGCUGGAGUCAACCAAGUUGAUAUCGUCCGCGAUGUUGCCGAUCUCGCCCAAGUCCACUUCUGUGCCAACGUCUUCUCCUUGUCCUUGAAGACCGAAUCAAACCCCAGAGGCGUAUUCAGCGAGCAGGAACUGUACCAGAUUAUGGCUGUGAUCUUUGCCUGCAUCUUCUAUGAUGUCGAUGUCUCCAAGUCUUUCCAGCUUUGCCAGACUGCCCGCAGGGUUGCGCAACAGCUGGGUGAAUUGACGUUGGCUAACGUCGAGCUUGUCUCCAAGACUGGCUUCAUUUCCACCCUGGUCAACCGCCUCCACCGCCACGAUAUCCUGAGUGAAUAUGGCGUUCACAUGAUCCAGCGCCUGCUUGACAGCGGUCUACCGGUUAAGGAUAUUGUGUGGUCGCACAUUCUCCCCACAGCUGGUGCAUUGGUUGCAAACCAGGCUCAGCUCUUCUCUCAGUGUCUUGACUAUUAUCUCUCCGAUGAGGCGGCUGAACACCUGGCUGAGAUCCAGCGCUUGUCCAGAGAGGACACACCCGAGGCUGAUGAGAUCCUCGUGCGAUACUUCAUGGAAGGUGCUAGGCUGCGAUGCUCAGUCGCAUUGCCCCGCAUUGUGUCAAAGCCAACUGUUGUCGAAGACAACGGCCAGAACGUCACCCUGAAAGCUGGCCAGGAGAUCAUUUGUAACUUGGUUGUUGCAGGACGUGAUCCUAUCGCCUUCCCCGAUCCCGACAAGGUCCGUCUUGAUCGCGAUAUGAGCCUGUAUACCCACUUUGGCUUUGGCCCUCACCAAUGCCUGGGUGUUAAGAUGUGCCCUAUUGCGCUGUCCACCAUGCUCAAGACUCUGGGCAGACUAGACAACCUCCGUCGUGCCCCUGGACUCCAAGGUCACCUGAAGAGGCUCGACGGUCUGGGAGGGAUUGCCAUGUACAUGGACGCUCAACACAGUAGCUUCUCCCCAUUCCCCAUGACUAUGAAGAUUCAGUGGGACGGAGAGCUCCCUGCCAGACGGGAGUAA